UUGUAUUAGUUAUAUACUUUCAUUUCGUGAAAACAAUCAAUUUAUUGUACUUACAUAUUUACGUAUUAUUUGCAUUAUAUUAUAUAUAUUUAAUAUUAAUAUAAUAAUAGUCUAACCAAAUACAAAUAAAAACGUUUGGAAAAUGGAUGAUAAUUUAAAAAUGUACUCAGAACAGCCGACUGUGUCUACUGUGGAAAUUAAGAUUGAGAAGCCAAACGUCGAAGAGUCAAACGUCGAAAAGCCCAAACAAAGAAGUGAUGUAUCUCCGGAUGACACACGCGAACUCGUGUUAUCCGGUCUAACUGACGAGUUACUAGUGGCGGCCAAUCGGAGGUCAUUAAAUUUGCCUCCCGUUUCAUUAUUCUCGAGCGACGACGAAUUGUUGUCAAGUUUUAGUGACAGAAGUACUACGGAAUCAUCUCAAGAAGGUGCACCUAUCCGCGAGAUUGAAGCUGUUAUAUCGCCCACAGAGACUGCCAGCGAUGAAAAUAAUAUUGAAAAAAUAAACAUGCCAUCGAUUACGGAUGAAUUAACAAACGUGCAAGGACAAAAGUCUUUAUGUGACUAUACACGUGAACUCGUGUUAUCCAGUCUUACUGACGAGUUACUAGUGGCGGCCAAUCGGAGGUCAUUAAAUUUGCCUCCCGUUUCAUUAUUCUCGAGCGACGACGAAUUGUUGUCAAGUUUUAGUGACAGAAGUACUACGGAAUCAUCUCAAGUAAGCGAACCAAAAAGUUAUACAUCUGUAUUAAAAAAAUUGUUGGAGUUCGAGGAAAUUUCGAUGGAAAUUAGAAAUCCCAGCUCGAAGACCGGAAUGAAUCUACCACCAAUACCUUUAUGUCUGCAGGAAGAUGUACCUAUACGCGAGACUGAAGCUGUUACGUCGCCCACAGUGACUGACAGCGAUGAAAAUAAUAUUGAAAAAAUAAACAUGCCAUCCGUUUCGGGUGAAUUAAAAAACGUCCAAGAACAAAAGUCUUUAUGUGACUACACACGCGAACUCGUGUUAUCCAGUCUUACUGACGAGUUACUAGUGGCAGACAAUCGGAGGUCAUUAAAUUUGCCUCCCGCUUCAUUAUUCUCGAGCGACGACGAAUUGUUGUCAAGUUUUAGUGACAAAAGUACUACGGAAUCUUCUGAAGUAAGCAAACCAAAGAGUAACACAUCUGUAUUAGAAAAAUUGUCGGAGUUCGAGGAAAUUUCGAUAGAAAUUAGAAAUCCCAGCUCGAAGACCGGAAUGAAUCUACCACCAAUACCUUUAUGUCUGCAGGAAGAUGUACCUAUACGCGAGACUGAAGCUGUUACGUCGCCCACAGUGACUGACAGCGAUGAAAAUAAUAUUGAAAAAAUAAACAUGCCAUCCGUUUCGGGUGAAUUAAAAAACGUCCAAGGACAAAAGUCUUUAUGUGACUACACACGCGAACUCGUGUUAUCCAGUCUUACUGACGAGUUACUAGUGGCGGCCAAUCGGAGGUCAUUAAAUUUGCCUCCCGUUUCAUUAUUCUCGAGCGACGACGAAUUGUUGUCAAGUUUUAGUGACAGAAGUACUACGGAAUCAUCUCAAGUAAGCGAACCAAAAAGUUAUACAUCUGUAUUAAAAAAAUUGUUGGAGUUCGAGGAAAUUUCGAUGGAAAUUAGAAAUCCCAGCUCGAAGACCGGAAUGAAUCUACCACCAAUACCUUUAUGUCUGCAGGAAGAUGUACCUAUACGCGAGACUGAAGCUGUUACGUCGCCCACAGUGACUGACAGCGAUGAAAAUAAUAUUGAAAAAAUAAACAUGCCAUCCGUUUCGGGUGAAUUAAAAAACGUCCAAGAACAAAAGUCUUUAUGUGACUACACACGCGAACUCGUGUUAUCCAGUCUUACUGACGAGUUACUAGUGGCAGACAAUCGGAGGUCAUUAAAUUUGCCUCCCGCUUCAUUAUUCUCGAGCGACGACGAAUUGUUGUCAAGUUUUAGUGACAAAAGUACUACGGAAUCUUCUGAAGUAAGCAAACCAAAGAGUAACACAUCUGUAUUAGAAAAAUUGUCGGAGUUCGAGGAAAUUUCGAUGGAAAUUAGAAAUCCCAUCUCGAAGACCGGAAUGAAUCUACCACCAAUACCUUUAUGUCUGCAGGAAGAUGUACCUAUACGCGAGACUGAAGCUGUUACGUCGCCCACAGUGACUGACAGCGAUGAAAAUAAUAUUGAAAAAAUAAACAUGCCAUCCGUUUCGGGUGAAUUAAAAAACGUCCAAGGACAAAAGUCUUUAUGUGACUACACACGCGAACUCGUGUUAUCCAGUCUUACUGACGAGUUACUAGUGGCGGCCAAUCGGAGGUCAUUAAAUUUGCCUCCCGUUUCAUUAUUCUCUAGCGACGACGAAGUGUUGUCAAGUUUUAGUAACAGAAGUACUACGGAAUCAUCUGAAGUAAGCGAACCAAAGAAUAAUACAUCUGUAUUAGAACAAUUGUUGGAGUUCGAGGAAAUUUCGAUGGAAAUUAGAAAUCCCAGCUCGAAGACCGGAAAAAACAUACCACCAAUACCUUUAUGUUUGCAGGAAGGUGUACCUAUACGCGAGACUGAAGCUGUUAUGUCACCCAUAGAGACUGGUAGCGAUGAAAAUAAUAUUGAAACGAUUAUAUGCAAUGACAUCAAUGAUCGUGUGGGGAGUGACGUUGUCGAGCUGGAGAAAUCCACUACUCGACAACUCCGACCUAAACGCCGUUUUUUGUAUGCACUGGGGAGGGGGUUAAUGAAAGUUGGCAGAUGUUUAUGCUGCUGGCGGUGUAAAUAAUUUAGCUUUGGACACAGUAAUGUUUGUUAAUUUUUUUCUAUUUUGUUUUGUAAUACAUUUUUAUUUUUAAUGUUUGUUAAUUUUUUUACUAUUUUGUUUUGUAAUACAUUUUUAUUUUUAAUGUUUGUUAAUUUUUUUACUAUUUUGUUUUGUAAUCCAUUGUUAUGAUAGGUAUCGUCAU